AUGUUUGUACACAAUCGAACUGGUGCGGACAUUGUAUAUUCAUUCAUUCAUUCAUUCUCUCUCUCUCUCUCUCUCUCUCUCUCUCUCUCAUACACACACACACACAUACUGUCUCUUUCACUCUAUCAUCCUCUCUCUCACACUCAUCACUCUCUCUCUCUUUCUCUCAUUCACUUUCUCUUUCACUCUCUCACUCUCUCAUCACUCUCUUUCUCACUCACUCUUUCUCUCACUCACUCACUCUCUCAUCACUCACUUUCUCUCACUCACUCUCUCUUAUCACUCUCUUUCACUUUCUCUCACUCAUCCUCUCUCACUCUCUCACUCUCUCACUUUCUAUAUCACUCUCUCUCACUUACUCUCCUUCUCUCUCACUGUCUUUUACACAAUCUUUCUCUCACUCACUCUCUUUCUCUCACUCUCUCUCUCACUCAUCACUCUCUCUCUCUCUCACUUUCUCUCACUCUCUCCAUCACUUUCUCUCUCACACUUACUCUCUUUAACUCUCUCACGUUCUCUUUCUCUCACUCACUCUCUCACUCUUUCUCUUUCUCUCUCAUAUGA